GAAGUUUUGUCCUUUUUUCCCCUGGUUGGUGGGAUCUCUUUGUCUGGUUCUGGGAGCGAUCAGCUGCUUUGUUCUCUAGCGAUUACAUACCGCCAUGACGUGAUAGCUAUGGUACGUACUUGAUACGAUGUUCUUCUGUUCGUCGAGCAAAGAUAUACUACUAGUAAGAAAGAUCAGGCUCAGAUAGUUGAGGAUCAGAUGAAUUUUGCUCAGUAUUACCACUUUUAAGGAUCCUGUCCUUGCUAGCAGUGUGAUUGCCAGCUCUCACAAGAUUGUGCAGCACGGAACUUCCUCUGCAUCGAAUUGGGCUUUCUUUCUUGGUUCCUGAUUGAGAAUUGACCAAUCAAGGAAGCCUAUUGAAUUUAACCUUGCUUGUCGAUGUCCUAAUCUUGAACAGCUAUUGCCAUGGCAGCAUAUAUAUGAGCUUGGGCUUGUGUCUUUUAACUCUUUAUAUGGGUGGGUAAGCAAAAGGUGUUCUUUGUUCUAUUGCGAGAUAAUAAUCCCCUUCAAACCAAUGGUUUUUGCUGCUUAUCUUUUGCUGCAAGUUGUGCUCUGCAAUUCAUUAUAGUAAUUCUGACUGGCAGGUGAAAUUUUUCUGACCAUUGUGACAUAACUGAAGAAACACAUGUGGUAAAUACAUAGAGGCAUGAAUCAAGCCUUUGUUCCUUCAGUUCAAGGAGCAAAACACAUCUAAUUCUGUUGCUUUCUGCUGUGACGCUCAUCAUUGACAUUUUGCCUAAGCUUACCUGGCAGUAUAAGAAACAUAUUCAUGAUACCUCAAUUCAACUGGUUGGAUUAUUUUUUCCUUAAUAAAAGCUGAGGAUAAGUAUGCCUAGUAUAUAAUACUCUUGGUCUUGGGUAGUUGGGCAUAUGUCCAUCUACUUUGUUAACCAGUUUGGAUACGUGGGGAAGUCCAAGACCUAAUAAAUAUAAGCAUCGCCGAAUAUAUUUUAUCCUAGCUUACACAUUUGAGCGUAAUCUGGGUGCAGCAUAUUGCACUUCAGAGGGCACUAUAACCAUGCUAUCCACUUCGUAUACUCCAGUAGUAAAUUUCCAGUUUGGGGUGAAAUGCUCAACCAUAUUCCCCCUUCCAUGGCAGCGGAGACGAGAUACCUAAACUCUAGCAAUCGAGAUCUUGCAGAUCAUUUUCAGGGGAAGCUUGGUGACGAAAAUGGUGUUGACUCAUCAAUUGAGAAGAAAAUAUCACCCAAGCUACUUGAAUUCACUUUCCAAGAGCUGAAAUCUGCCACUGUUAACUUCAGACCAGACAGUAUUCUCGGAGAAGGUGGAUUUGGGUAUGUGUUCAAGGGGUGGAUUGAGCCAAACAGUACAGCUCCUGCAAAACCUGGCACUGGUCUGACUGUAGCUGUCAAAAGUCUGAAGGAAAAUGCUCUUCAAGGUCAUAGAGAAUGGGUGGCGGAAGUUGACUUUCUGGGACAGCUGCAUCACAAACAUCUUGUUAAGCUGAUUGGAUACUGUAUUGAGGAUGACCAAAGGCUGCUUGUGUAUGAAUUCAUGGCACGGGGAAGUCUAGAAAAUCAUCUUUUCAGAAGGACUCUUCCCCUACCUUGGCCGUGCAGGAUGAAGGUUGUUCUUGGUGCUGCUAAAGGUCUAGCCUUCCUACAUGUUGGUCCCAAACCAGUUAUUUACAGGGAUUUUAAGACAUCAAAUAUUCUUAUCGAUGCGGAGUACAAUUCAAAACUUUCAGAUUUUGGGCUCGCAAAAGCUGGUCCCCAAGGUGAUAAAACCCAUGUCUCUACUCGAGUUCUUGGCACCUAUGGCUAUGCUGCGCCCGAGUAUGUAAUGACAGGCCACUUAACAACCAAGAGCGACGUAUAUAGCUUCGGAGUCGUGCUGCUGGAGGUGCUGACUGGCAGGAGAUCAGUGGACAAGAAGCGACCUCCAGGGGAGCAGAACCUCGUUGCAUGGGCGAGGCCGUAUCUGAGCGACCGGCGAAGGCUCUAUCAGCUCGUAGACCCUCGCCUGGGACUGAACUAUUCCGUCAGAGGUGUUCAGAAGGUUGCCCAGAUCUGCCACCACUGCCUCAACCGUGACAGCAAGUCGCGCCCGAUGAUGGACGAGGUUGUCAAGCAUCUGACGCCGCUGCAGGACCUUAACGACAUGGCCGCCGUGUCGUAUAGGCCCCGGUCAUCACCCCGUGGAAAGGCGCGGCGGUGAUUGCCAGUCUGACACGAGAAAAACGGCAUUUCUAUGAUUUCUUGGCAUUGUUGGAUGCUGGUCUUGUUUUAACUGUACAGAAAAAAAAAAGAUUGGGCUCCAUGUCCAACGAAAAUUGGAGCUCUGACACCCAUGUCUCGCUUAGAUCAAUCAGACUGUUUUUGCCUGUUGCCUGAGCGAAUCGAUGACAUUGUCUGAUUGUGAUAUGUUGUAAUAAUAAUGAGUUAAUAUC